CGGAGUAAACAGAAGCAAAAACUAUUUGCGCCUUUUUACUCCGGUUUGUCACCGGAAGAAGAAAAAAGAGAAGAAGAGAAUGUAGGAUAAAUUUUCUCCGGAGUACUUCCAGUUUCUCCUGGUACUGGAACAAACCUUAUGUAUACAAUUUCGUAGAAAAUCAAUUGAAAAUCAUUCUGAAGUGUUAAGGUGUUAAGUUUUUUUGUUAUGUUAUACUUUGUCAUAAUACAAUUUUGUUGAGAAAUAACGUUCCACCCGAACCGGAGAAUGCCCGUUUCGGCACCCAGCUGCUAUUAUAUGCAAUCACUCAUUAUCAGUUAGUGCCCUCAUUGUCUUAGACGGAGGCGGUACAGCAAUGAUAAGCUUGCAGUAAAUAUGGUUCAUAUACAAACAGGCGACUGAUAUACUUACAACCAGUUUGCCCACUCACAGCAAAAGAUAGUUGCCUCUUAUAUGCACCCAAUGGCACAGCCUCAGAGAAUCUGCCUUACAGAUGAACCAGCCGUCUACGAUUGAAACUUGCUCAGUCGCAUCCGAGCACUUAUUCCACCGAGUUCACAGCCAGCUACCAUGCGGUUACUUCGAGAAGUUUCCACAAGUUACGAUCCGAGAAGCAGAACGUGGAGUGGUCCUCGCACGCCACCGGUUUUCAAUCCAGUCCAAAGUCUUGGUGAAUUGAUCCUCCGAGUGUUGAAUCUAAAUUCGGAGAAAGUGGUUCAGAUUGGCGCGGACAGUGGCACCCAGGUGACAGGUGCCGAGUUGUGUCUCAGAACUAUCCGAAUUGCGCAAAACUUGCUUCGGGCGGGCUUCGUCGGCGGUGUUGAUAAAGAUGUCAUAUUUUCGAUGGCCGUACGUAACGGAGAGCAUACGGCGCCAGUGUUGUUUGCCUGUUUUGCAUUGGGCAUUCCGGUGAACACGUUGGAUCCGACGUUUCAGAAAGAUGACUUCGCACAUAUGCUUGGCGCAGUCCGUCCUAAAUUGGUGUUUUGUGAUGGCGAAACUUUGGAGGAAAUGGUAGCUGCAUGCAAAAUGUCCAACAUCUCACCUAGAAUUAUAGUGAUGGGAAACAAGGUUGAAGGUUUCGAUCACGUAGAAGAUUUGCUAGUAGCAACCGGUGACGAGAAUUCGUUCUUCCCUGCACACUUCGAGAACCCCUCGAAUCAAAUAGCAGUUCUCGUGUGCUCCUCCGGCACUACCGGUCGUUCCAAAGCUGUCAGUCUAUCCCACUCGAUCUGUAUCGCCCAUGUAGUCAAUUUUUUCGACUGUAAACCUGACGACCGAGUAUUUGCCUUCAGUUCCCUCUACUGGCUGUCGGGGUUGGUUAUGCUUCUGGCAGGAACCGUUAGGGGAGCAACUCGAAUCAUAACUCGUCGGCCAUUUUCUGCGACCCUCGCGAUGGAGAUUGUUGAACGCUUCCAUGUUACAGCCGCAUUCUUUCCACCCUCGCAGGUGAGUGCAAUUGUAACUGACUCAACAUCGAACGAGAAAAAAUUUCGUGUGGUUCGGUUAGCGUUCAGCGGAGGUGGACCGGUUUCAGGAUUACUGAAGCGACGGUUCGACCAACUGAUCCCAGGAAGAUCGCUGGAAGUGGCGUACGGAUUAUCGGAGAUAGCUUAUGCUGUCACUUUUACCGCUGGUGACAGCUAUCGAGAUGGAACGGUAGGAUUUUUGAAGCCUGGUGUAGAAAUCAAGAUAAUUGAUGACAAUGGUGAACCACUGGAGAUUGACCAGGAAGGAGAGAUUGUUGUGAGAGCGAAGAACGUUUUUCUGGGAUAUUACGGCAAUGAAGAAGCAACAGCAGAAAUGCUUGAUCACGAAGGUUGGUUGCAUACCGGCGAUCUAGGUCGGUUCGACCAGGACGGACUGCUGUAUGUUGUAGAUCGAAAGAAGGAUAUUAUAAAGUUUGGAAACUAUCAGAUUUCCCCGAGUGAAAUCGAAAGCGUUGUACAGAGUGUUACAGGUGUGACAGCAGUCUGCGUCGUUGGAAUACCGGCCGAGGGGAACGAUUUGCCUGCUGCGUUGAUUGUAAGGGCGGAUAGCAAGUGCACAUCGGAUGUGGUAUUGAGAGAGGUGGAAGAAAAGCUUCCGAACUACAAACAUUUAAGGGGAGGGGUGUACUUUACGAAGGAACUGCCCAUGACGCCUUCUGGGAAGGUUUUGCGACGAGAGGCAAAGGCUGUGGUACUACGCCUAAGGAACGAAUAGAGUUAAAUGUAUUAUUUAAAUAAUGGUCAAAAAUUAUCAAUGAUUGUCGUGAUGUAAAACGAAAUAAAAAUAACGAUUUGGAGUUUAA